AUGUCCGAGUCGUCGUCCAAACCAACCAUCAACACGCGCAUGCCCAAGGGCGCAAAGCGUCCAAAGACCUCGCGUGCCUGUCUCGCCUGUCGCAAGCUCAAAGCAAGGUGCGAGCCCGCAGGAGGCGCAAAGGCCGCCCCCGCAGACGAUCCGCAACCCAGCUCCCUCUCCUUUGUCAUCUGCCAUCGAUGCAAGACGCUCUGCAUAGACUGUCUCUACGAGACCCCCGCCGGCGAAGUCGUCCAGGGCGAAGACGUUCAGCCUGCCAUCUCGUCGCCCUCCCCCGCAGAAGAGCACAACCGCGCGCCACGCUCCUCCAAACGCUCCCGCCCCGAGGAAGCGCCAUCCUCGGAUCCCUUCAGCAACGACCGCGCCGUCUUCCUCUCGCCCGCCAUCUCGCCUAGCAGCCUCACCCGCUCCAUCUAUCGCGACGUAGAGAUAUGCUCGCUCAACACGCUCCAACCCGCCUACCUCGAGCGGCCCGUCCUGCCCGCCAAUGCGCUGUCGCGCUUGAUCGGCUCCAACCCCGCUCUCAAACGCGACGCUCAAGACUACAUCCUCAACCUCUCCGGUGCCUUUGGCUCCGGCUCCACACACAGCUGGAAGCAGGCUCCGCCAGACCUGUGCGCAGGCAAGGCCGCCGCACGUCUCAUGGCCGGCCACGCGCCCCUGCCAGCCUAUCCUCACGACGAGCUCGAAUAUCUCGCCCGCAUCCUUCGGCCCCACGAGCACCAGCUUCGCAUCCUCUUCCACGGCCUCUACGGCGCCUUUUCCCCCUUCCUCUCCACGCCCUUUGAGGACUCGCUCAUCCUGUCCAACGCACAGUCCGAGGCACAAUCCUUUGUGCUCCUCACCAUCUACCUCGCCGCCUUCCCACACCUCGAGGCCUCCCAACCCAUCGCGCAAGCCAAGGCGCCGCUCCGCAAGGCCAUCGAUGCGCUCCUCCGGCGUGCCAUCCAGAGCCCGCAGAGCGACCACCUCAACAUCUUUGCCCUGCACAACUGCGCCUCCUUCCUCCUCCUGCCCGUCGAUGGCCUCGCCGAAGACUGCCGUCCCAUCUCCACCCCAGAGCAGGAGGUCGACGGCUUGCUAGAGUUUGCCUCGGACCUCAAUCCGAGAGCCACGAUCAUCACCGCUCUCAUCGUCGCCCAGAGACUCGGAUACGCCAGUCUCGCCGCCCGCCUGCCCUCGCUCCGCCAGUCCUUUGACGUCGAUUCGCCGCAGAACGGAUACCCGGGCGACUCGACGCGCGACGAGUACGCGCACGCCGUGCUGUGCACCUUCACCUGGCUCACGCUCCUCCAGUUCCGCGCCUCGAUCGACGUCGCCGAGGAUCGCGUCGAGUGGGAUUCGCUCGCUCAGUUCGAACGCGACAUCCCGCGCGUGCGCAUCGACGCCAUGACGGCAGCGCUUCAACCGCCGCCCGCCUUCCUCUCGCCUCGCGAACAGAGCCGUUGCUGCUGGAUGGCACAGCGCGCCGAGCUCUACGGCAUUGCGCGCGACCAUCGACACACCAAGCGCGCCGCCGCCUCCUUCACCAAAAAGGAGGCCGAGGACCAGGCCAUGGGCUACAAAAAGGCGCUCGACGAGUGGCGCUACAAGUUUGGCGAGCAGAUGCGCAGCAUGAGCACCGAGUUCCGCAAGGAUCCGCGCGGCCUCGGCCUGCAUCGCUUCUACUCGAUCUUUUCCAAUGCAGAGGCGGCUUCGCUCCAGGUCGCCAUCGGUUCGGUCUAUCACAAGGAGUUUGUCGCCGAUAUGCGCCAACGCCUCGCCGAACCGUUUUUCGGCGACGGUCUGCCCUGGAAGUCGGCGGCAACCAUCCUGCUCGGCCACGAGGAGGACCAGCUGACCAAGGCGAUCCUCAUCAACUUUGCCUUUACCGAUGCCAUGCUCAAGGCGAUGGGCCUCAUCUCGAGCCUCACGCCCGUCAUGCCGCAGCUGUACGACUUUGUCUCGUACGAGGAAUCGGCCGGCAGCGAGAUCCCUUCGCUCUGCAUUGUUGCACCGCCCAACCUCCAGGCGGGUCUGUUUGCAGUGCCGCUGCUUGCGGCGGCCGACCUGCGUCUGUCGGUGAUCGAGACGUGGGGUGCCAGCGCGUCCUACUUCAACCACCACGUCAUGCCGCUGCUCACCAACUGCGUCAAGUCGCUGCGUGCGUGCCACGUGAACGUGGAUCUGCCGGGCGUGCUCAAGAUUCCCUUCGCCACCGCCAAUCCGAUCGCCGACUAUCUGCAGGGGCCGUUUGAGAUCCUCAUGCGCAAGGUGGCGUCGGCCGAGGAGCGGUUGCAGAUCUCGCACGUCGAGAGCAUCCUCAACAAUUCGUUCUUGCUCUCGAGCAAGAAGAAGCAGAUCGAGACGGUGGCGGAGGAGCUUGCGCCCGAUGUGCCCGAGAUGGUGCAGGCGAUUGCCGACAGCAAGAAGAUCGAGGACGAGAUUUCGGCCGCCAUGAUGGGUGCGCUGAAUGUGCAGUCGAUCCGCGAGAUUCAAGAUACGGAUUUUGCGGUCAAGGUGUUUGGCUCCGAUCUGCGCGAGGGCGAUGUCAAGGCGAUUCGCAAGCCCGGACGCAACGGGAGCAGCUCGGCGACGACGCCCGAUGCAGAGAAUCACCGCAGGGGUCCGAGCAACGCACGCUCGAGCAGUGUCGAGAGCGAGCAGACGGGAAGUCCUUCGGUGUUGACGCACUCGUCCAAGCAGAGGACGCCCAUGCAUCGCAGUGUGCGCUCGGUCGCCAAUGCUUCGCAGUACUCGAGCCCGAGCUCGUCGACGCAGUCGGGCAACGCUGCGCUGCCGGAACCGGCGGUGGUGUAUCACAAGGAUCCGGCCGUGCCGCCACAAGGGCUGGAGCAGACUCCUGCUAUGGGGUAUGCUCAUCCUCCCACAGCGUACGAGGCUUCGGUGCUGCAACCACCGUCGCAGCCGCAUGAGCAGGCAUUAGCGUCAUCGUAUGCACCCAUCUCGCAGACGACGCAUGCGGGACCGACGUACGCGCCUGCAUAUGCCGAGAGGAGCAUCGAUGCACCGCACGGCUACUCGGGUCCCGCUUCGGGCGUGCAUGGCAUGGAUGCGUAUGCGUCGUAUCCCAACGAGCGGUAUCCCGCCGAGAGCGUGCUGGGUCUCGAUGCCGGGCAUGCGAGUGCGGCAGUCACGACAGGCACGGGCACAGCCGACGUAUACGCCUACCGGUCCGAUGGCGACCAUGGUCCGGUCCCAAUUCACAGUGCUGCGGGGUACGACGGAAUGCAGAGACAGGGAGCCAAGGCAGAGGGUACAGGGUAUGACGGUUAUGGGAAUGUGCCGCAGGAACAGCCUCAGGUGUCCGAGCCCUGGCAACAGCAGCAUGCACAGCAGCAGCAGGGGUACGGUGGUGCCUACGGUGGGGACGCAGCGUCGGGUCAAGCGUACUAUGGCCAGCAGGUGAGCGAGCAGCAAUAUGCAGAGCCGUAUGCGCCGGUGUACGAUCAGGCGCACUACCAGGUCGGGCAGGGACAGCACCAGGUGGCGCAGGGGCAGCAUGGCUCGACCAUUUGGGACGCGUGGAAUUGGACGCCCGGCCAGGAUCAGCCCCCGCAUCACCCGCACCCGCACCAGCAACAUGGUCAUCACCAGCAGCAGCACCAGCAGCACCCGCCUCAGCAGGGCCAACAUCAUCACCAUCAGCAGUACCGAAACUGA